UUGAGCCAAAGUUAACGUGUAUUCUGAACGUUGCCUUUAAUACACAAACCUGUAGAAUUUUUUGUCAAAUUGUACUUUUUCAGGAUGGAAAACUUAAUGCACCAAUGAGGAAGGGUUUGAAAACUUCACAGAAAUUCUACUGCUGUCCUAUUGAAGGCUGCCCUAGAGGACCAAACAGACCAUUUUCCCAAUUUUCUCUUGUAAAACAGCACUUUAUGAAAAUGCAUGCUGAAAAGAAGCACAAAUGUGAUAAAUGUAGUAACUCCUAUGGUACAGAAUGGUACUUGAAACGGCACAUAGAGGACUGUGGCAAGACUUUCCAGUGUACUUGUGGGUGCCCUUAUGCCAGCAGAACAGCAUUACUGUCUCAUAUUUACAGAACUGGCCAUGAAAUUCCUGCAGAACACAGGGAUCCUCCUAGUAAGAAAAAGAAAAUGGAAACCUCCAUACAUAAUCAGCAGUUGACAGAGAAAGCAAAUGAAGCGUUCAUCAAUGCACACAACAGUAGUCCUGUCACUCAGGAACUGGAUUCAUCUGAAGUGAAAUUAGUAGCCCCUAAGCAAAUGCAGCCAAAAUGUACACCGAAGAUGCUUUUACCAAAGCCCAAGGUGGCUUUGGUUAAACUUCCAGUGAUGCAGCUUGCUCACUUGCCUGUAUUUGUAUCUGCAACAGACUCUUCUGUCAGACCUGUUGUAGUGGCUGUUGAUAAUCAAGGGUCAGUUAUGAGUACUGUUCAUUUAUUGCCUCAAUCUGUAGGAAUUCUGAUUCCAGCACUGGAGGCAGAAACACUUGUAUUUAAAGACACUAUGCCUGUUUCAAAAGUGACAAAUUCUGGUGAUAAUGAGCCAGUAAGUACUGGUGUGCAAGUUGACUUGGAUAAGGUUACAUCAACUAACACAGGACAAGAGCUGGGGAAUGUUUGUCACAAGAGUAAAAUAUCUUCCAUAAAUGUGCAGACUGACUUAUCUUAUAUUUCACAGAACUUUGUACCAGCUGCAGCCUGGACUCCUGAUUCUUCUGUAUCCUCUUGCUCUCAGACAGAUCUGUCGUUCAGUUCACAGGUGUCAUUACCCAUCAGUGUACAAACGCAGACACUGCUGCCUGCUUCUAAACUGACUUCAUCCAUAGCUGCUCAGACUGAUGCUUUUAGUCAGGCUUGUUUUCCAACAUGCGGUAUUUCUAGAGAGACUCAAACCAAUCGAAGGCAGAACUCUAUGGAUGGAAGAGUGCAAAUGGACCAGGCCGUAAUGUGCAGUGACAUCUUUGACAAUGUUCAUUCGUCAUACACUGUUUCCACUCAGAUUGGACUUCCAGAGAACAAUUUAAUGGCUGCAAAUAUAGAGGAAACCUUGCUGCAAAGAAGUAAUUGCAAGAGCUUGAAUCAAGAUACAGUGAAGUCAGAAUCCCUUAUCAGCUUCAAUACACAGACUAAUAUACUUCCACCUCAAAAUACAAUGGAUAAUCAAACCCAGACAAUGGACUUACUAAGUGAUCUGGAAAACAUCUUUUCAGGAAACAUGUCUGGCCAGACGCUGGAUAAUCGUGGCCUUUUGUCUGACGCUAGUUCUAAUGCUGACACACAUCUGCCAUCUGGCCCAUCGCAGAGCACGGGAAUAGACUUUGAUAUUGAAGAGUUUUUUUCAGCAUCCAAUAUCCAAACUCAAACUGAAGAGAGUGAGCUUGGUACCCUAAACUCUGAGCCUGUUUUGGAGUCUCUGGACAUCGAAACUCAGACUGAUUUUUUAUUUUCAGACAGCGCCACGCAAUCAUAUAGCUGCAGAGGAAAUUCUAACUUCUUAGGUUUGGAGAUGUUUGAUACGCAGACACAGACAGACUUGAAUUUCUUUUUAGAUAGUAAUACCCAUCUGCCUUUAGGCAGUAUUCUGAAGCAGUCUAGUUUCUCCAUGAGUACUGACUCAUCUGAUACAGAAACCCAGACGGAAGUAUAUCCUGCCACUAAAAAUAUACCUAGCCAGAACAUAGAAAGCAAAGUCCAGUUGAAUAGUGCCGAAACACAGACUAUGGAUAGUUGCUUUGAGAACCUUGGGAAUUUAUUCCUUACCAGCAAUGAGACGCAGACAGCAAUGGAUGACUUUCUUCUGGCUGACUUAGCCUGGAAUACAAUGGAGUCCCAGUUCAGCUCCGUAGAAACACAAACCUGUGAAGAACUGUGCUCCUUGCUUCAGAGCUCUGACAAGUCCAGUCGUUGAGCGCUAUGUAAGAGAACUGUUUCCUGUGGUGUGAAAUUAAGUUAUUGGGGUGGGAGAGAUGGAGUGACCAAGUUAUCCACUUUGCAUUGUUGAAUGUAGUUAUCAUGCGCAGUUGGCCUAUGAGGCUUUUCAUGCUGAAGGUACUCUAUUGACUAUGUAACUUCAACAUAAACUAAGUGGGCAUAAAUGUGUGUGUUUGUUUCUUGUUUCUCUUUUUUUGGUAACUUGUUAAUGUGCAUUUGAACCUUAAACUAUUGUAGUGCCUAUGUUUUCUGCUCAAAUUUCUUUGCAAAGCUGAUCCUUGCUUUCAUUUACACUGAAAAACUUUAAAAGUUUUCCCAUAUCUCUUUAUUUCUGGCAUACAUACAGGAUUCCAGUGUCCAGGACUAAAACCUGACCUGUCCAAUUCAGAUGCUUCUUCCCUGAAAUUAUGGGGAAGGAUUCUCUUAGUGUAAGCUACUUUUGUUUACUUUUUUUAGUAGCUUGUAUUUUAAAUUUGGCAUGGAUAUGCCAAUAUAAGCUGUACUGGCUUCUUUUACUCUAUGCCUUCGCAGCUCUUACCUCUGUGUAAGUUGGCAUUUUCCAAGCACCUGUCUGGAUACACGUAGACUCUUGAAUAUUAUUAAAAACAUGUAGAAAGCAAUAGUUGAGGGGCAAAAAAAAACCAACAAAAAAAUCCCCCGAAAGUGGCACUGAUGCCCCUUUGAAGGGUAGGAAAAGAACUUGGAAUACACAGUUAUAGGGAAAAUUAGCAUGCUGUCCUUGUAACUUGUGUACUAAAAUAUUUUUAGUCUUCAGGAGGGAUUUACUGAAAUUAUUUUUGACUGUAAGACACUAAUGUUAAAACGUAUGUGCCUGAAAGACUGGAAUAACUUGGCUUUACUGAAAUUUCCCUAGCUCUAUCAAGAUACAGCUUGAGAAAUCUUACAACGGUUUAUACUACAAUUACGUUAACAAAAAUGUUUAAAAAUGGGAAAUUAAAUUCUCUGAAAUGCAUCCUCACCUGGACUCCUGUUCUUGGAUUUCCUGCUUCCAAAAAACAACUCCAUUGGAACCUGUAAAAGAAAGCUGGGAAGCCCUUUUGGAAGAGGUGUAUCCUGCUUUGCGCAUUGGUCUGCAGCCCUCUGCAGCUUUUUGGAAAGCUUUCUGAAUAUAACCAAACUUAAACCGACUGAUCUGUUGAAGCGAAACAUAUGACCUCUUGAAUUAUUUUUUUUCUUCAUGUUCAUCUUACCCCUUGUAGCAAGCUUGUGGUAGAUGCAGUUGCAUGAAAAAAAGUUAAGCCUGUUGUGAUUGUAAGCUAGAAUUUGGCCUUAACUCCUUUUUAUCUCUUACUGUAAUACCAGCAGAAUGGAGGCCUUCAGUUUUGUCUUGGACAAGUUCUAGUUUUCAUUACCUUAGAUGACAAAAGCAACUUGUUGGUAAGCUCCUGGGCCUAUAAUAGACUUUGCUUUUCAAUUUCUUUGUCUCAUCCUACCGCUCUUUAAAUCGUCAUAGUUAAAUCAAUACUUAAUAUGGUUAACAUUUAAAUCAACUUAAUAUGGUAAGAAUCUCUACUUACGCUUGAAACCGUCUCUGUAAAUUAGCCCAGAAGCGUGUACCCUAUUUUUCAGCAUUUAUAGGUGGGAGCUUGGAGACUUUCACAGUCUUUGGUUAAAGAAACUGCACAGCGGAACCUUGUAGUUCCCUCAGGAGUAUAGUAAUUUUGCUUUUGGUGAAAGGUGGUCGUCUUCCCCCCCACCACGUUUCUCAGUAUCUGGAUUUUCUGAUCUUAAAAGAUGGGGGGGAAACUUUGUUUUUAAUGUCAUAUUUUCUGAACAUGUGACCGAUUCAUAUUUGCCUAACUACUUCCAAACUGAGAAAUAAGAUAAAUGUCAAAAUUGGGGUAAUUUAUUCUAUUGCAGUAUCUUUUUAGUAAUGUUGCUGCUUUGGGUUUUAAAGUGUUUUUCUCUUCCUCUCUUCCCUGGCUGGAAUACAAGAGAACGCUUCUUCAUGCACAGGCUUCUGUGUUUUCGAUGUACAAGUUGCCUGAACUGACAUAUGAAAGGGAAGCAGUUGUUACAAAUCUGGUUCUUAGAUUAUUGCUUUAAAGGAAAUUCACAGCUGGAGAGAACUGUAUGUUUUCCCCAACUGUAGAAGGCAGAAGUGAGAAGUAAUCUUCAUUACUUAUGAAUUAGGAAGCCAGAGGCUUUCUGCCAGAGAAGGAAUCUUAACUGAUAAGGAGCAUAAUUACAGAAAGUUUCAGAUUGUAGCUAUCUGAGAUGCUAGCUAGCUAGCAUUUCAAAAACUUUGAAACUAAUGUACAAGUCAGAAUGAGAAUCACCUUGUUUUUAACAUGUAAGCCAAAGCUUUUAACAUCAGUGACUGGCAGAAAAAAUGUAAGGUUUGUAUGGACACAGAAUCUUAGAAUGUGAUCGUUACUCAUUUAUUCUAUUUUGUAAUUACAUGUAUUUAUGAACUUCCUGUGUUCCAUCUGAAUACAAAAGUACCAUUCCCCUCCCUCAGCUAAACUUUAAUUAGGUUAACACAGUACCACAGCAUGAAAUUAUGUAAUGGAAAUGCAGCGUUAAGAAAGCAGUUAAGCAUACCUGCGUUGCCCUAUGGAAUUGGCUCGUUUGGACCAAUCACAAAUUUGAUGUCCUGUAAUUUGUUUGUAAAAGUCAAACAAAAAUGGUAAAUAUAUCGGAAAACGCUUUGGAUUCUAGAUUGCUGGUGCAUGUGCUCAUUUAGGAUUUAUCAAAUAUUUUUAAAGACUGCAGCCAGACUGUUCACAGUUCUGUGGAAUCCCAGAGUGAACCUAAUGAAGCUUGAUAUAUUGUUGCUAAACACUCAAUUCUUCAAAAUUAAAUGAUUUCUUCUUUACAAUAGCUAGUUUUCUGUUUUGGCCUUUGUUUUAUAAAAUUAACUUUAGUCAGAACUAUUUCUUAAUAGUAUUAAACUGCAGAAAAAGGAAGAUAAAUAUCUUGUCUGUGAUGUGAUUUUUCGAGGCACUGUCUCUAUUAUAUGAGUCAGUAGUGACUUGUUAUUUUCCUUAUUCUUUUUUUAUAUGAGCAGUUUAUCCUUUACUGCCAUUUGAACAAAGAUCUAGAGAAAGCAAUAUCCGUUUCUCCAUAGCCUCUUCGCAUGAAUUUGUAUUUAGAAGUGAUAACUAAUAUUACCUGCCCUUACUCUUUGCACUUCCUGCUUAAUCCUUAGUUAUGUUGUGAUGGUUGGAUCUCUUAUGCCCGUGUAAUACUUCUCUAAAAUUAAGUUAGUCGUAGUUUUGUAGGCUUAUUUGAGCUUUUCUUUAUUAUUUAAAGAAAAAGUGAGUCUGAGAUUUACUAAUAUAUAUCAACCUGCUGCUUCACCAAGUUCAGCCUUUUGCCUCGGGGAAAGAUAGUAGCCCAGCACUUUAGAGAAAAACAGAAAAUGCCUGUAGAGGUCGUUAACAAGUUGCUGCAAUUGAUAAGUCUGUUCUCGAAGACUUCACUGGCCUUGUGAUUUGUUUGCUUGUCAGAAAAAGCUUUCCUCAUCUCAUGCAUUAAGUUUACUGUGAGUUCAGCCUUACUGAGACUGUGGUAUUCUGUUAAGAAUUGGUCAGGAAAGAUGAACUGUGCCAUCUAAUAGAUCCAACUUGUUCUAAGUAAUUUCAGAAUAAACAUGGUAUCAGCCUCUUACAGUUCUCUGGAUAGAUGAAGAUAAAUAUAACAGUGGCAGCCAUACUAAUAGAGUUUUUGUGAUGUUUAAGAAUAAUACAAUUGUGUAGACAUUUAAGUUGUACACUUAAAUUCUUAAAUGUAGCUUUCUGGAAAAAUGGAUAUAUUUUAUGCCUGUUUGGUAGAGUAGUGCAGUGGCAGAUGUGAGCCUUCCUUGGCUAUUUGCACACGUGUGUGUGUGUGUGUGCAAAGUUGAGUAGAUUGACUUGAAAAUUUUGGCUUUUGAGAGAACGCUGAUUAUAAUAAAGGGUAAACACGUUCUGCUUUCAAGGUAUAUAGAAAAAUCAAACAAGAAUGAAAUAUAAACAAAUCUGGGAUGCAUUCCGUUCACAGUCUAUGAGAACAUAAGCACAGAGCAACUGAAAAAUGAGGUCUGUCUUGUUGCCUUCCAUGUCUGUCACUUCAUGCUAAAAGUUUGUUUAACAGUGGAUGUAUGUUUCUACUUAUAUUUGCAUCUAUUUCUGCUAAUAUGCUUGUAAAUGCUUCUCCCUGCUUUGGUAGGGAGGGAAUCGUCCCUCUCAACUCCUCAUUGCCAGCCUAAGAGAUAUCUAUAGUUUAAAGUCAGAGUUUAUUAACUCCAUAUAUUCUUAGCUAUGCAAAGUUGUGUCUAGAAAAUUUCCCUUCAGAAGCGUAAGUAAGUUAAACAACUAUAAAACAAGCCUUGUGAAACCUCUUGAUUUUUAACAAUUCAAUCAGCGUCUGUAACUUAACAAUGUACUUACCUAACAAUUCUUAACACAAUUUCAUUCAUAGGUGCACUCUUGAUUGUUUUUUUUCUAUUGAAAACAGAAGGCUCAAUUUCCCUGCUACCCAUGUGUACCUUGACAGCGCAGAGGCAACAGAACCAACUUUCCUAUGAACAAAGAUAACUGCCUUCCACUGUUUUCAAACCUUAUCCUGCUAACACAUGCUUACACGCUUAGAGUCAGAUGUGAAUUGAUUUUGGUGGGACUAAGUGAAGAUAUGUAUAUGUUGGCAGGAUUCAGACCUAACUUUUUUUUUUUUUUAAAUAACCUUUCAAACAUUGGGUAAGUAAAUUAUAAGACUAAUAUAAUUGCAUACUGAAUCAAUAUAAGGUGCUCAACUUGCAAAAGAAUAUUUGUUAUUGAAAUGACAACUCAGAGGUGAACCAAACAUUUAUUUGCCUUUAUCAUUAAGGUUGUAUAGCUUCCUUUGCUUUAACCUAUUUUUGAUUUUUUUUUUUAAAAAUGUGAUCUUAAUGUACAAUUUACUGUUCCAAAUACAGUCACACCAAAACAUUGCAAACAUUGUGGGCCUUGCAGCUUUUUCGUUCAUGUUUGUUAUAAGGUGCUGCUAUGCUUGUGUUUCUAAUAGAAUAGAUCUACUGUAAACAGGCUUCCAUUUAUGAUUUUAUAUGAACACUAUGAGGCUAGGGUUGUUCAAUGGUAGGAAGCUGCUUUUCCAAUGCAUUGUGCAAACUUGCAACUUCUACUUUUUUUUUUUUUUAAACGGUUGAUGUGAAUCUAAGUUUGCGUGUUUGAAGGAUUUGCUGCUUAGAGCAUGACUGAAUUUUCUUGUUUAAAAUGUCAUUGCUAUGCAAUGAACAGAAUCAAGGAGCCAUGUCAUUCAACUCUGUAUUGCCUUGCAGUCAGGUUGAUGUUAGGUUUGUCUUAGUGUAUGCGACUUCCACAUCACUGACAAACGUAAUUGGAGAGCCUUGAAAUAGUGGAAAUUCCUGAAGGAGCUGCUGAUCUUCAGUUAAACAACACAAGUCCUUUACUUCUGAUUCCUUUUCAUAUACUGUCUUUUAAGCAGUAUCUUCCACAUAACCAGCAAUGGAAUAUAAUAGAUGACUUGUGAUGAUGUAAACUGCAGCUCCCAUUUCACCGUGAGUAAUGCUUUACAUGCAUGCUCCAAGCGCUCGCAUGCAGAGCUAACUUGACCGUGCUUCUAUGUACGCAGUACUUACAAGUGCAUCUGAUAAAAUAAAGCUAGAUACGAAAGAUAGCCAUAUUUUUCAGCUUACAGAAUUGAACACCUGAUUAUGAUCUAAUUUAAGCUUUUAGUUAUUUGGAAUGGAUGAGUAAUAAGACUCACGGGAGAGUCUUUCCCAAAGCACGUGUGAGCCAAUCUCAAUAAGGCUGAGAAAUGUCCUUCAGGUGUUUUUCGUCUCAUCGCUGUUGAGAUUUUCACCUAGUGGAGAAAUUUAGUUUCCAAAGGAUGUUCGUGUUUGAGUCUUGCUAUUUAAGCCAAUAAACUUGCAAUGAACAGAAAAAAGCAUUUCUUAUACCUAUUUCUUAUACCUGUUCAUUUCUUAUACCUAUUUUACAAGUGACAAUCCCAAAGAAGGAAUGUUGUCUUAAUAAUUGUGAAAUUUUUAGUUAUGUUAAUGCAUGCAAAGAAAACCCUGUGCCAAAAUACUGUUUCAUAUGUCCCUCCAUUGGAACCUGAAAUGUUACAUUAAAGCUACUAGAAAGUUAUUCACAAGUGUUGAGACAUUUUGUUCACCAGUGAAGCACUUCUUUACUCCUGUAAAUUAUACCUAUUUUGGAAUAAAGUCAACUUCAAUCUCUUUUUGUCUCCUGUUUUAAUGGCUGUGAUCUCCUGCCUACAGAGGCAUGGGUAGGGUAUACGGUGGCUAUUAGCAAGGGCCAUCCAUCACUCCUUAACAUCUUAUCUUCUGAAAGCUAGGUAUCUUUGGAAUUAGUAGAGUUCUUGCAAUCUAAAACUCUGAAGUCAGUCUUUGAUCUCCAGAGACUGCGAAACACUCUUUUGCAAUGUAGUCCUACUUAUCAAUGAGUUAUCGGAAGUUUACACUUAGAACACAAAUAGCAUCUUGUUAAAUCUGAUUCUAUCUUUCAUAAACCUGAAAUAAACCUCCAUUAGGGAGGUUCUCCAUUUUAAGUGAACCUAUGCAUAGACUCUGGUACUGAAUUGCAUGUGUACAGAUAGGGCUGGAUUCUUUCGACUAGUAGCAUUCAGGCUGGCUGCACUUUGAUGCUCCAUCCCAAAGCGCUCAGCAGUGCGUGCGUAGAGAGACAAGGCUUUCACAAUGAAAAUGUUAAUAUUUAAUUAGCUUUUAUGCAAGAUGGAUACCUCUAGAGUUUCAGGUCGCUGACAGAUGCCUUUCCUCUGCAAUAGACCCUCAGGAGGGAAGGACUGCUUUGUAUUCUUCCUCCAUCUUACCAACCAUCCUCCCUUAAUUUUCAAGAACUCUAGAGUCAUAAGUAACAUCAGGUAGAAACUCAAUGGUAUUAUGCUGAUUAGUUUUCAAAGCACCCCACUAGAAAACUUCAGUCCUAUCUAAUAGUUUGUAUUGUUUUGCAACAUUUUAUAUAACUGAUAAAAUUUUUACAACUGUGAAUAUAAACAAAGCUGGGCUAGGUUGAUUUGGAGUAUGGAUGAUGCUUUGUCCCCUUUUAUCCUGUGCAGUCCCUAUGCUUAAUCCCAUUCUUUUUCUGUUACUUAGAGGAUACAAAAUACUGGUUCUUACUCUUACCCUGAGUAAGAAUCUUGUCAACUUCCAUAUUAAUUCGGAGUAGGUGAGUGAGCAGAUGCUCAGUGACUCGAAGUUCAUCUCUACUGUUGCAGUGGCUACAUUCGAGACAACAUUCCCUGAUGUAGAGCAGGCUGCUGGGUUUGUGCUCUGGGUAAAUAUUCGCAUAAGGCAGCAUUCAGUCACAGUGGUCGCGAAAUAUGGAGGAUGCUUCCAGAGAAGCAUUAAGUAUCUAGAAACUAAAUUCCUGUUCAGAGCAUUUAAAACCAUCUUUGAAAGAGUCAUAUGAAUAAUAUACUGACUGUCCUUAUAGAAAUGAAAUAGUCCUAUUCCUGUUACAGGAAUGACGUUCUGCUUAGAUUAGACAGAGUUAUUUCAGGUUUUGGAUUAUUCAGAUAAGCAUAUUUGGCCCAUGAACGAAAAGUCCAAUACUUUGACAGAUUGGCCUCAUGAAACUUUCAGAAGUGGCUGGACAGUCUAAAAGGCAA